AUGGGUUGCUGGUUUUCCAAAAAACCUAAAAGAAAAUUACCCGAAAAAGAACCUACGACGAAGGUAGAAGAGAACACGACCACCAGCAACGCCAACAACAUUGCCCUCAGCAGCAAUGCAACGGAGGAUCCACCGAAACAAUACAGCUGGGACAAACGUGAAAAGGUUGAUCCUAAGGACUUUAUGCUAACGGGGCUGAAGGAUGCCACGGUGGGCCGUCUGCCAGGCAAGCUGAACGGACAGCAGUUUGUCAUCCAGGACUGUGACAGCUGUAAGAUCUUCGUGUUGGACCACUCCGCCACCAUCACCAUCGACGACUGCACUAACUGCUGCAUCGUUAUGGGGCCGGUGAAGGGCAGUGUUUUCUUCAGGGACUGUAAGGAUAUCAAGUGUGUGGUGGCCUGCCAGCAGUUCAGGACCAGGGACUGUCAGAAGAUGGAGGUGUUCCUGUGUUGCGCCACUCAGCCCAUCAUCGAGGCGUCCACGGGGAUGAAGUUCGGCUGCUUCCAGUACUACUACCCCGAGCUGGCCUUCCACUUCAAGGACGCAGGCCUCAGCAUCUUCAACAACAACUGGAGCAACGUCCAUGACUUCACGCCCGUCUCAGGGGAGACCAACUGGAGCCUGCUGCCUGAGGACACUGUGGUGUUGGACCAUGUUCCGGCCCCUGACCCAGAGUCAGAGUUUAAAUCAGUCCGGGUCUCAGCUGAGGCAUCCCGCAGCAUCGUACCCAUGACCAAAGGAGGCAGACGCAAGGAGAGUGACGAGUCCUGUCUGUUUGUGUUCUUCGCUGGGGACUACACCACUGCUAACGCCCGGAAACUCAUUGAUGAGGUGAGGAGGAGGUAG